GCCGGGUGGGUUGCUGCGGGGCUUUCCCCGGCGUGGUUCUCCGAGUCAUGGCUCCAGACUCGGGGCCCUGCCCCGACGGACACUUUUUGAAGCUGCUGCCGGUGGAUCCCCGGGACCGGGGCACCCAGCGCUGCCGCCUGGGGCCGGCCGCCUUCCGCAGCUUGGGUGCGCGCCUGGGCUCGCCGCUGAGGAUCUCGUUGCCCGCCGGCGGCUGCUGUCUCUGCACGGCCUGGCCGCGGCGCGACGGGGCGGAUGGCUUUGUGCAGCUGGACCCGCAGUGCGCGAGCCCCGGGGCCCGGGCGGCCACGGGGAGGAUCGGUAUGGACUGCUUGCAACCUGUGCCCUGUCCGCCUCUGCGGCGCCUAGAGGUGUGGCCGGUGCUGCGGCCGCAGGCGGGAGCCCCGAGUUCCGCCGCGGUGCUGGAGGUCGUGCACGAGCUGCUGCGCAACCGGCCGGUGUCUCGGGGACACGUGCUGGCCACCCCGCCCGGUGUCCCCGGCCCUGUAGCGGCUCUGCACGUGAUGGGCGGGACACCGGACCCAGAGCCCGGUGGGUGGGUCACACCGCAUACCCGCAUCACGCUCAGCGACAAGCCUCCGCCACGGGUCGAGCCUCCCGGGGACGUGACCCUUGGGGGUCUGUCGGAGACCGCCGACUCCCUGACGGAGCUGCUCCGUCUGCCGCUGCGCUACCCGCUCGCCCUAGCCGCGCUGGGGCUGGCGGUGCCCCGCGGGGUGCUCCUGGCGGGCCCCCCGGGAGUGGGCAAGACCCAGUUAGUGCGGGCCGUGGCGCGCGAGACCGGCGCCGAGGUGCUGGCGGUGAGCGCCCCGGCGCUGCAGGGCUCCCGGCCCGGGGAGACGGAGGAGAACGUGCGGCGCAUCUUCCAGCGAGCCCAGGAGUUGGCCAGCCGCGGGCCCAGCCUCCUCUUCCUGGACGAAGUGGAUGCCCUGUGUCCCCGGAGAGGCGGCCCCCAGCGAGCUCCCGAGAGCCGCGUGGUGGCCCAGGUGUUGACGCUGUUGGAUGGCAUCCACCAGGACAGAGAGUUUGUGGUCGUGGGAGCCACCAACCGGCCAGACGAGUUAGACCCAGCGCUUCGCAGGCCGGGCAGGUUUGACCGAGAGGUUGUCAUUGGGACUCCCACCCUUAAACAAAGAGAGGCAAUUCUGCGAGUGAUUACCUCAAAGAUGCCCAUCUCCAGUCAUAUCGAUUUAGGUCUCCUGGCAGAAAUGACGGUUGGCUAUGUCGGUGCUGACCUGACAGCACUCUGUAGGGAGGCUGCUAUGUGUGCCCUUCUCAAGAAUGAGAAGGUAGGAAGUGUCCACCUGCCACCAGCUAUGAACCAAGACAGUCCUAAAAUUGAGGAAACAGAUUUUCUUGAAGCUUUUAAAAAGAUUCAGCCCUCAUCAUUUCGAAGUUCCAUUGGACUGAUGGACAUCAAGCCUGUUGGCUGGGAGCAGAUAGGUGGACUUGAAGACGUAAAGCUGAAGUUAAAGCAGUGUGUUGAGUGGCCUCUGAAGUUCCCGCAGGAGUUUGCUAGGAUGGGUCUGACACAGCCAAAGGGCCUUCUCCUGUACGGUCCCCCUGGAUGUGCUAAAACCACUCUGGUGAGGGCCCUGGCCACAGGCUGCCACUGCUCCUUUGUGUCGGUGUGCGGGGCCGAUCUCUUCUCUCCUUUUGUUGGAGACUCAGAAAAAGUCUUGUCUCAGGUAUUUCGACAAGCAAGAGCCAAUACUCCAGCGCUUGUGUUUCUGGAUGAAAUUGACUCAGUCCUGGGGUCUCGCUCAGUCGGCACCUUGGGAUGUGACGCUCGGGAGCGAGUUCUUUCAGUUCUGCUGAACGAACUCGAUGGUGUGGGAGUUAGGACGGUAGAGAGAAGAGGGAAUAAAGCAAGCCAACAGGAGUAUCAAGAAAUUCUUAGUCGGAGUGUCAUGAUUGUCGUGGCAACAAAUAGGCCUGAUGUGUUAGACGAUGCCUUGUUACGGCCCGGGAGAUUAGAUAAGAUCAUCUACGUCCCCCCUCCUGAUCAAGAGGGCAGGCUCUCUAUUUUAAAAGUCUGUACAAACAACAUGCCAGUAGGGCCUGAUGUUUCACUAGAAAACCUAGCAGCAGAAACCUGCUUUUUCUCUGGAGCUGAUCUUAGAAACCUCUGCAAAGAAGCUGCCUUGUUUGCUCUGCAAGAAAACGGACUGGAAGCAACCACAGUGAGACAGGAGCACUUCACAGAAGCGCUCAAGACCGUGAAGCCAUCCUUAACUCUGAAAGAGCUGACUUUCUACGAAAACUUAUUUAAGAAAGGACUUUCUAACUUGGAAGAUGAUUAAAUUUUAAUUUUAUUCAGAUUUUCAUAUGAAGCAGUUUGCGACUUCACACUUUCAUGAGAGGCAGGGAGGGAGAGGAAGAGGUGGGGAGGAGGAGAGAGGGAGGCACUGAAAGACUGAGAACUUGCCUGAUAAGGACCAUCUUCUAGAAGAGAUACUAAGACACCGUAAUAAAAAGCACGUGUGUGAUUUUGUUAGGAGAGUUAUUUCUGCCUGGCCGUCUAUGACUUUGAAGUGUAUCAUGCUCACCGGAGGCUGCAGGAGCAGAGCAGAGGACGUCUGUUCUAGCCUGGAUUCUGCACUCUAGCUUCUGUCACUUUUGGCGUUGCUCCUUCCUCCGAGCACCAUUUUCUGAACAGCUUGAGACUACAGUAGAGCCUUAAGUCACCU